AUGUUCAAAAACAAGUUCCAGAACGACUUCCUCUCCAUUCUGUACAGCCUCGGCAGCAAACCGCUGCAGAUUUGGGACAAAAACGUGCGCAACGGCCACAUCGAGCGCAUCACGGACGACGACCUGCACUCGUUGGUGCUGGAAGUGGUCGGCGCCAACGUCAACACCUGCUUCAUCACGUGUCCCGCCGACCCCGGCCAGAGUCUGGCCAUCCGCCUGCCCAUCCUGGUCAUGACCGUCAAGAACAUGAAGAAGUACUUCUCGUUCGAAGUUCAGGUGUUGGACGACAAGAACAUCCGGCGGCGCUUCCGCUCCAGCAACUACCAGUCGACCACCAAGGUGAAGCCGUUCAUCUGCACGAUGCCGAUGCGGCUGGACGACGGCUGGAACCAGAUCCAGUUCAAUCUGGCCGACUUCACGAGACGCGCCUACGGCACCAACUACGUCGAGACCCAGCGCGUCCAGAUCCACGCCAACUGCCGCAUCCGCAGGGUCUACUUUUCGGACCGACUCUACUCGGACGACGAGUUGCCGACCGAGUUCAAAAUCUCCCUGCCAAAGAAGUGA